AUGUCAAAUUCAUCGCAGUUAGAAUUUGUUUCAGUCGGUUCACUUGGUUCGUUGGAGUUUGGAAAAUCAUUUAUUGAUCAACCACGUGGCAUUGCUUAUCGCCCAUCGGAUUCAUUGCUAUUCGUAGCUGAUUCCAAAAAUGAACGUGUCGUUGCGUUUACAGAAGACAAUAAAGUUGCCAAAAUUAUCAGUCAUUACGGAACGAAAAAUGGUUUAGCUGUCUUGAGUAAUGGCGAAAUUGUUAUGAGUGACGAAUUACAAAUGUUAAUUUUAAAUAAUGAUCUGCGUUUGACACGUACGAUUGCUUGCGAUGAUAUCGAUGCAGGCCUAACGAAUUAUCAAGGUAUUUGUGUAGAUAAAAACGAUUUGAUUUAUGUUUGCGAUCAAGCAAAUCGACAAAUCAAAGUUUAUGAUCACAAAACUGGAAAUAUCGUACGAUUUUUUGGGAAUAAAAAUAUCUUCAGUUCAUUAGCAUAUUGUGUUGCCACUAAUGAACAUAUUUACGUAACAGAUCCACAAGGUUCGUGUGUUCAUAAGUUCACUCUGGAAGGUAUAUUUGUACAACGUUUUGGUAGUGAAACGACAGGAAAUUUUUCCUUACCGUUAUCAAGUCCUCGUGGCAUUACUACAUUACCAGAUACACAUUACCUGUUAAUUGCUGAUUCACAUAAUGAUCGUCUUGUACUUUUUGACGAUCACGGACAAUUUCAGCAACUGAUGGCCAGUGGUAUUGAAUAUCCAGAAUCAUUAGCUGUCAAUACCAAAGGAAAUGUGUUCGUUGCAAUGAACGAUCGAAUUGGUGUAUUUAGUCAACAGAACAAAUGA